UAUUGAUUUGUCUCCACACGUAAUUUGGUUUCGUCGCUGCCAAAGUCUGCUCGCAGACUGCGACGGAGCCUUUUUCUGUAGUUGGUUACUAAGUUUUAUUUUGUGUUGUGUUGCAAAAACCGUGAAAGAUGGGGUCGUUGUUUAGGAGUGAAGAAAUGACAUUAUGUCAACUCUUCCUGCAGAGCGAAGCCGCAUAUGCAUGCGUGUCUGAACUCGGGGAGCUGGGACUUGUUCAGUUCCGAGACUUAAACCCAGACGUGAACGCGUUCCAACGCAAGUUCGUCAAUGAGGUCCGCCGUUGUGACGAGAUGGAGCGCAAGCUUCGCUACCUGGAGAAGGAGAUCCGUCGGGAUGGCAUCCCCAUGCUUGAGAUCCCAGGGGAGUGCCCCGAAGCCCCACAGCCCAGGGAGAUGAUCGAUCUUGAGGCUACCUUCGAAAAAUUGGAGAACGAACUCCGCGAGGUAAACCAGAACGCUGAAGCUCUGAAGAGGAAUUUCCUUGAGCUCACAGAACUCAAGCAUAUACUUAGGAAAACACAAGUUUUCUUUGACGAGCACGAGGGUGGUGCCAAUACCACUGAGUCGAUGACGCGCGCCCUCAUAUCCGACGACCCGAACCGACAUAUCGGACACGUCCAGCUAGGUUUGCGGGAUAAACAAGAAUCCCUGGAAUUCCUGCCUUGUUUCGUGGCUGGCGUGAUCCUUCGUGAGCGUAUUCCUGCUUUCGAACGCAUGUUAUGGCGCGCCUGCAGAGGCAAUGUGUUCCUCCGUCAGGCCGAAAUCGACACGCCCCUGGAGGAUCCCUCUUCCUCGGACCAAGUAUACAAGUCGGUGUUCAUCAUCUUCUUCCAAGGAGACCAGCUGAAGACCCGCGUGAAGAAGAUCUGCGAGGGUUUCCGCGCCACCCUGUACCCUUGCCCCGAAGCUCCGGCUGAUAGGCGGGAGAUGGCCAUGGGUGUCAUGACCAGGAUCGAGGAUUUGAACACGGUCCUAGGCCAGACCCAAGACCACCGUCACCGGGUCCUCGUAGCAGCCGCCAAGAACAUCAAGAAUUGGUUCGUGAAAGUGCGCAAGAUCAAGGCUAUAUACCACACGCUGAACCUGUUCAAUCUGGAUGUUACGCAGAAGUGUUUGAUCGCUGAGUGCUGGGUGCCGGCCUUGGAUUUGGAAACUAUACAGCUGGCUUUGAGGAGGGGGACGGAGCGCAGCGGCAGUUCAGUGCCUCCGAUCCUGAACCGCAUGGAGACGCUGGAGGACCCCACCUACAACCGCACCAACAAGUUCACCUCCGCCUUCCAGAACCUUAUCUAUGCUUACGGAGUCGCCACCUAGGAGGUCAAUCCUGCGCCGUACACAAUAAUAACGUUCCCGUUCCUGUUCGCGGUGAUGUUCGGCGACCUCGGGCACGGCGCGAUGGCGGCCUUCGGCUUCUGGAUGUGCUACAAGGAGAAGCCGCUGCAGGCCAAGAAGAUUGACAGCGAGAUCUGGAACAUAUUCUUCGGCGGUCGCUACAUAAUUCUUCUCAUGGGCCUAUUCUCCAUGUACACGGGUCUGAUCUACAACGACAUAUUCUCCAAGAGUCUGAACAUUUUCGGGUCUGCGUGGAGGAACAACUAUAAUGAGUCGACGCUAAUGUCUAACAAGUUGUUACAAUUGAACCCUGACUCUAUGGAUUAUGUGCAGAAACCUUAUCCGUUUGGUAUCGAUCCUGUUUGGCAGUUGGCUGAAGCGAACAAGAUCAUCUUCAUGAACGCGUACAAGAUGAAGAUCUCCAUCAUCAUCGGCGUCUUCCACAUGCUGUUCGGCGUCUGCAUGUCGCUGUGGAAUCAUAUCUACUUCAAGCGUCGCAUCAGCAUCUACGUGGAGUUCAUCCCUCAGAUCCUGUUCCUGGUGCUGCUGUUCUUCUACAUGGUGCUGCUCAUGUUCAUCAAGUGGACCACCUACGGCUCCACACCACCACACUUCGGCAGCGAUGACCCGGAAAUCGUGAAAACCAGCGCGUACUGCGCCCCGUCGAUCCUGAUCACGUUCAUCAACAUGAUGCUGUUCAAGCACGACGCCAACACCCGCCUCUGCGACGACUACAUGUACGCAGGGCAGAUGGCGCUGCAGAAGUUGUUCGUGAUCGUGGCUCUGAUGUGCGUCCCAGUGAUGCUGUUCGGCAAACCCUACUUCAUCAUGAAGGAGCAGAAGCAGAAGGCUCGUCAGGGUCACCAGCCAGUGGAAGGUGCAGCUGAGAACGGCACCGCCGGCGGCGCCGCCCCGCCUGCUCCACACCACGACGAGGACAUCACUGAAGUCUUCAUUCACCAGGGUAUCCACACGAUCGAGUACGUGUUGGGCAGCGUGUCGCACACGGCGUCGUACCUGCGCCUGUGGGCGCUGUCGCUCGCGCAUGCGCAGCUCGCCGAGGUCGCAUGGAACAUGCUGCUCAGGAAAGGCCUGAUGUCGACGGACUUCCAGGGCGGCAUCUUCCUGUACGUGGUGUUCGCGGGCUGGGCGGCCAUCUCCGUGUCCAUCCUCGUGCUCAUGGAGGGGCUCUCCGCCUUCCUGCACACGCUCAGAUUGCACUGGGUGGAGUUCCAGAGCAAGUUCUACGGAGGCGAAGGCUACCUCUUCCAGCCGUUCUCCUUCGAAGUGAUCCUCGACUCGGCCGGACAGACCGAGGAGUAAACACUAGUUAAACACACUUCAAUAUAUACUACUUCAUCACGCCUGUACGUAACCAGCUACUAUGGAAAUUAAAUAUCAUUGUUAUGUAGCUAAAUGUAUUCAAAAAUAAAAUUAUUAAAAGCAUGAAUAAAAAAAGAAAAAAUAUGUAAUUGAAUGUUAAAGUAUGUAUUCAAAGUCUAGAUGGUGACGAAAAAGUAUAUUUGUUAUGUGAAAUAGUAAUAUGUACCCGUAGCCUGUUUGUAGUAAAAUUUAAUGUUUUUUCGAGUUUAGGCAGCUUUUCUGACCUAUAUGGUCGUUAUAUAAAUUGGUAAUACUAUAAAAUUAUGGUUAUAAUGUUCUCAAUGUUAUUUCAAUAUUGUAAGUGUUCUAUAGUAUACUAAAAAGUAUAUAACCAGUGUUUACUUGUAUCGAAACUUAAUUCUAGAUAUCUAAGAAAACUCAUAGAUUUCUCUCAUAAAAGUUAUUUACUACAACACCGAGGGUACAGAUUACAAAUAAAUCAUUUUCUUUUGUAUUUUCCUAGUUAAAAUAUGUUUUUUUAUUUAAUCCAAUUUUUGUAAGUUAUAAAGUGUGAACGGCCACUUCGUGUAACCCAGUAUAUGAUUCAAAAAUGUACUUAAAAUAAUUGUAUGUUUUCCGUAUUUGCGAACUCAAUAAUCUACAGUGUUGAUAGAUUUCAAUUUAAGUUUAUAUUUUUUAAUAAAUUACUUAUCAUUAAAAACUUUUUUUAUUCAAAGUUUAAGUAUAAUAAUUUAUUUGUGAUUAAGCAGUUUCAAAUAUCCGUUUUGUGUAAGUGUAGAUCCGUUUGUGUAUAAUGUAUGUGUCAGACGCUCUCUGUAAUGUAACCGUCAUUCCAGUCUAUUGAAUGUUAUCAACUUAGCACUUCGCCGAGUGUCCUAGCAUAUAGUUUUACGGUGAUGAUUAAAGGUUUUAGUAGCAUUA